CCUGCGCAGACACCCAGAGCUGCGGGACGCACCGCGCUCCGCCCUUCCCGGAAAGUAGAUCCGGCCGGGCAGACAAAAGUUUGGGAGAGAAGUUCCUUUCGAGCUGAGUGUGAGAAGAGGGGGCGGGGGCCCGGGGCGUUUUGGCCGUCGGGCGAGUCGACGCGUGAACAGCUAGACCUGCGGACAGGACAGCUCUUCCAGCCCCGCUUAGCCCCAAUGCGCGGGGGGACACUGCCCCUCCCGCCGGGGGAUGCUGCGGAGUUCCCGGCGCCAGGCACCUGGGCCGCCCACUAAGCCCGAGUGCUUGCCCUGUGCCCCUGGGGAAGCCGAGUCCGACCGCCGAAGCGCUGCAGGGUGCCGGGCGGGGAGGGGGCUGGAGGCCCCGGGCCCGAGGGCAUGGAGCGGUUAGGGGAGAAAGCCAGUCGCCUGCUGGAGAAAUUAAGACUCUCGGACUCCGGCAGCGCCAAAUUCGGCCGCAGAAAGGGUGAAGCUAGCCGGUCUGGGUCUGAUGGGACCCCCGGGCCGGGCAAGGGGCGCUUGAGUGGGUUGGGGGGACCUAGGAAAUCAGGGCCCCGAGGAGCUACUGGGGGCUCUGGGGAUGAGCCGUUGGAGCCGGCCCGGGAGCAAGGGCCCCUGGACUCCGAGCGGAACCCGCGCGGCUCGUUUGAGGCGCAGCGCUACGAAGGCUCCUUUCCCGGGGGACAGCCGCCCACCCGGGCCUUGCCUCUACCUCAGUCACUACCCCCCGAUUUCCGGCUGGAGACCACGGGGGGCCGAGAGGUCGGCGCCCGCCGGGAACCCUCGGGGAUUGAGACGUCGGGUCUCGAGGAGCCACCGAGUAUGUUUGUUCCAGAGGCCGCCCGGGCCCGGAUGCGGGAGCCGGAAGCCCGAGAGGACUACUUCGGCACCUGUAUCAAGUGCAACAAAGGCAUCUACGGGCAGAGCAAUGCCUGCCAGGCCCUGGACAGCCUCUACCACACCCAGUGCUUUGUCUGCUGCUCCUGCGGGCGGACUUUGCGCUGCAAGGCUUUCUACAGUGUCAAUGGCUCGGUGUACUGUGAGGAGGAUUAUCUGUUUUCAGGGUUUCAGGAGGCAGCUGAGAAAUGCUGUGUCUGUGGUCACUUGAUCUUGGAGAAGAUCCUACAGGCAAUGGGGAAGUCCUAUCACCCAGGCUGCUUCCGGUGCAUCGUUUGCAACAAGUGUCUGGAUGGCGUCCCCUUCACCGUGGACUUCUCCAACCAGGUGUACUGUGUCACUGACUACCACAAAAACUACGCCCCAAAGUGUGCAGCCUGUGGCCAGCCCAUCCUCCCCUCAGAGGGCUGUGAGGACAUUGUGAGGGUGAUUUCCAUGGACCGUGAUUAUCACUUUGAGUGCUACCACUGUGAGGAUUGCCGAAUGCAGCUGAGUGAUGAGGAAGGCUGCUGCUGUUUCCCUCUGGAUGGGCACUUGCUGUGCCACGGCUGUCACAUGCAGCGACUCAAUGCCCAACAGCCUCCUGCCAAAUAUAUCUGAGCUAGAGUCACUGCUGCCGCUGUCCUCACAGUUGACAAACCUCUCUGGCCAGUGGGCUCCUCUGAGACCAGCUGAGACCAGCCCUGCAGUGCUGGCAGAAGAGUCCUUUCGGUAGAGCUCCAAAGGGCCAGAGACCCAAAGAUCCCAACAUUCCAAAUGGACUGUGGAGAAGGAAGCUGCUGGUGGCCUGGUGUGGUGACCGGCCCUGGCGUGUGCAGUGGGCAGGCUGCAGUACUUUUCUGAACAUCAGAUCCUGGUCUGUCUCUAGUGAAUGUUUGUGCAUACGUGAUGUUCUGUCCCUGGGUGACAGGAGGAGAGGACGUCAUGAGUACUCCAUUCCCUUGUACCCCAUGUGUGGUAUCAGCCCUAAGGCCAUCCAGGUAUUCGCCACUGUGUCCUCUCUUCGUACCUAAAUGAGAAAGAGGAAACCCUGACCUUUUUAAAGGAUUCUGUUCCUCUCUAAGGAUACGAAAGCUCCUCCUCCCUCUGCUGGGAAUGAGGACCAGCUCUAGGUGAGCCUCUACCCAUGUUGCCUGUUUCUCAGGGACUCACAUAGGCCCGGGGAGGCUGAAUGGGGCCUGUUCUGGUUUGCUCUCCUCAGCUGGGGAGAUGGCGAAGUGGCCUGUGUGGGUGUGGGACUUGCUGGGUAGUGUGAGUAGGGCGUUUCAGGCCAGCUUACUCCCACAUUUAGGUACACUGAGGCCCACUCCUAGUAUGGGUCUACAUGGGUGUGUAAGUGCGGGGGUGUGCACGUACACACUGUCACCCCCUUCCUCUCAGGUCCCUCUUACACUUGGUUCCCUAAUAGUAGUUUACCACUCUAGACCAGCCACCUUUCAGUGGAAUUCCAGAUUAUAUCCACUGCAGCUCCCAAACUCAGGUUAGGGGCGCUAGGAGGAGCAAGACACUUUGCUUCCAGUCAGUUUGACUGAAACUUGAAUUCACCUAAAGCUACGUUUCUUAAAAACCAAUUCAUUAUAAACUUGUUUGCUUCAAGUUCAGUUCACUUAAUGACCAAUUUGACAAGAGCUCAGUUCCCUCUUUGGGUAUUUUUAUUUAUAUUCGUUUAGGUAUUCUAUUCCUUUCUGUCACGCUCUUGAGUAUUUCAAGGAUUUAUAUCACUUAUCAGUAAUACAGAUUUAUCAAAUUUGCAGCACUUUGUAAAUGUAAGAUUCCUUCCAACCUUUAUGUAUGUCUUUUUUUUUCUGUUACCUA